AUGAUUGUAUGGUUGGCCUGGGGACGAAAGUUGGUUGCUAGGAACUGCUAUUUUAAUUUCUUUUUCAGAAACAAGGAAAUGAUGUUUGCUGGAGGAGUAAUUUCCUUGUUGGAGGAGAUGAUUUCCAACCCCAAUUCCCAUGGAUCUGCCACGGUUCUCUAUUUGAAUCUGUCCUUCCUUGAAGAAGCCAAGCCUGUCAUUGACUCAAGUCCGGCAGUUCCUUUCUUAACCCAGAUCCUUCGAGCUAAUACUGAACCACAGUGCAAGCUUGAUGCCCUCCAUGCUCUCUAUUAUAUCUCCACUCUUCCAUCCAAUAUUCUAAACCUCAUUUCAGCUGGCAUCGUCAGUGGCCUCCAAUCCCUUCUUACAGCUUCUGGUGAUCACACGUGGGCAGAAAAAAUCAUUGCUGUCCUUAUAAACCUGGCAUCAUGUCAGUCAGGAAAGGAUGAGAUUAUAUCAGCACCCGGCGUUUUUGGUGGACUGGCAACAAUGCUAGACAUUGGCGAGCCUAUUGAGCAGGAGCAAGCUGUCUCAUGUCUCUUGAUUUUGUGCGAGGGAAAUGAGAAAUGCAGUCAAAUUGUUCUACAGGACAGGUUAAUACCUACACUGGUGUCAAUGUCAGUGAACGGGACUUACAGAGGAAAAGAGAAGGCUCAGAAACUUCUGAUGCUGUUUAGGGAGCAGCGACAACGAGACCAAACACCACCUGCUGAGAUGCAUAGGUUGGCUGAAGUGGGAUAGUCCGAUGCCUGCUUUAGAAUCAAAGCCACAAUGUAAAUAGAUCUCUCUUGGGUA